ACAGUUCACAGCUUACAUCUGGCAAGCUUCACAACACCCCUCAAACUCCCGAAGCAAUUGCGCAUCACACUCCUUACCAUGGCCCCCGACUCACGAAGACGAGGUAGUCAGGCCACAUCUGCGGAAAUAUCGCUCAUUCAUCUGAAGAACUGUUUGGUCAAUUUGCCCUCGUCGCUGUCCUCGCUGCUAGUCAAUGUCAACACACCGGCUCAAAAUGUUAUAAUAGAAUUGAACCAUCGAACACCCCAACCUCCAAAUCCUUCACAGACAUCUGGCGCGCCAACUACAAAGUCCAUAUUCGUAGGAUGGACGGGCAUGCAGAGCAAGCGCAAACUUGCGCCUAUUGUAAGCAGGGACGGUAUUAGUGGCACACGAGGAAACACGUCGGGCCGAGAGCAAGAAGUGCCUCUCGUAGAAAUCGAUGCAACAUUUGCGCGAACUCUGGGGAUCUCAGAUGGGCAGAAGGUUACAGCGAGCAUACACGUUGACCCUCCGAUUGCACACACAAUCAACAUCGAACCCCUCACGGCAGAAGACUGGGAGAUAAUAGAACUACAUGCCAAUUUCCUGGAGUUGAACCUGGUUUCCCAAAUACGAGCUCUACCAAACCCAAACUAUACUCCUUCAAGUGGACCCAAGACCCCACCACAUCCCCUCACUCUCCACCUUUCGCCUACUUCAACGGCCAACAUUAUCAUAACGUCUCUCGUCCCUGAACCUCCAUCCACAUCGCCAUUUGCCAAACUCUCUCCAGAUGCCGAAGUCAUCGUUGCGCCAAAGACAAGAUCUAAACCAUCUCGUACUUCCGGUGAGAACCGAAGUGUCACGUCAAGGAAGAGUGCAGGUGCUAGAAGUGGUGCAAGCACUGUGCGGAGGAGAAGUGCCCGUGAUGAAGUUCGCCCUGCUAUGUUCUUCAGAGGGCUCGAUCGCAGUGUAUGUGGAGAGUGGUUUGACGACAAUCAAGAUGCAAAAGACCAGGGAUUAAAAGUCUGGGUGGACCGAGACAUGUUACUGUCCAAAACGUUGAAGGGUAUCACAUGGGCAUGUGUAACAGUAGUAAAGCCAGCUAGCUUACUGGCACCCAUCGAUCCUCAAAAACAACAGCACGAAAUUGAUAGCCUAGGAGAGGCUGGCAAGAUUGCUACAAAAGUGGUGGCUAAGCUUGUGGCAUGGGAUGAUCCUCCAGACAGUCAACAUAUUGCACUAUCGUCGGAUCUUUGUGCUGCAAUGGCUUCCGAAGGUAUUGUAGGUGGGGUAGUAAAGCUUGAACCUGCUCCUCCGCAAGUCUCGAAGACAGCACUUGCUGCUCCUAAAGACUCGUCUCAACCUGCAUCGAAAUCUGGAGGUCAGGUGGUCAAAUUAUACCCUUUCUCCACCGGAAGUGGAAAAUCCAGCGAAGGUUUGAAGUUUGGCGGAGAGUCUAAGGCAGAGCGCGAAGAAGCUAGUCGCCGAAUCUUGAAGAUGUAUGGUUCAGAAGGAGCUCAAGAUGCAUUACUCGACGGUCCAAUUACUGAUGGAUCUGUGCUUGGCAGGCCCCAGACUUCUGAAUUGUCGGGCUGGGAAGGUGGCAUACUUCGAUUUGAUCAUCCUCCUCAAGAGACUGGAAAGCCAACGUGCAAUUGGUUUCUAGGUUCUGAGAGGAAGUUCACCCUUGAGGUCCAGGCUGCAGUUCCGAGACCUUCAUCAAUAUCCAAAAACAGCAUGCUUGGAGAACCACUUCCUCUUCACGCCCCUUUAUUAGUGGGUAUCGACAAUUUGAUCGAACAGCUACAGACUCAUCUCUCUCACAUGUCCUCGGUUCUUCUCACCGGAGCUCUAGGUUCUGGGAAAAGCAGCGUCGCCCAACUACUUGCGCAUCGCCUACGAUCCGAGAAUCUCUUCCAUACCACGUACUUCUCUUGCCGUCAAAUGGUCACAGACGAAACCAGAAUAUCGACCAUAAAAGAAACAUUCAACCGUAUUUUAAUGGGUGCUGCUUGGGGAGCUCGUCUUGGGGGCAAGUCUUUGGUAAUAUUAGAUGAUCUCGACAAGCUCUGCCCUGUUGAAACAGAGUUAGAAGUUGGAAGCGAAAAUGGUCGCAGUAGGCAGAUCAGUGAGGGCGUGUGUGCUGUUGUCAAGCAGUAUUGUGGACGAGAUAGUGGUGUAGUGCUACUAGCCACAGCUCAAACCAAGGAGUCACUUCAUAAUGUCAUUGUUGGAGGUCAUGUUGUGCGUGAGAUUGUCGGGUUGAAGGCACCAAACAAAGAAGGACGAAGGAGAGUUGUUGAGAUGGUGGUCAAGCAGAAUGUGUCCGAAGAGAAUCCUGACGAGAGACGGAAGAGUAUAGGAAGCCGACCAACAACGGCAGAUGGCAGUGCUGGCGAAGAUGAGGACGGGGCCUGGAUGGAUAGCGCCAGUGCAGCAAGUCGACCCCGAUCAUCAGGAAAAUCCGAUGGCUUCACGAUCUCUCCAGACCUCGACUUCCUCGAUCUUGCAGGUGAGACUGACGGAUAUAUGCCGGGAGAUUUGGUUUUACUCGUCGCACGAGCAAGAAGUGAAGCUCUGAUACGAUCAGUCUCCCAGUCCUCCAAGGUCACUGAUACUGCGGGCGUCCAACUCAGUCGUGAUGACUUUGACAGCGCUCUGAAGGGAUUUACCCCUGCGUCACUUCGCAACGUAACCCUUCAGACAAGUACAACUACAUUCGCCUCGAUAGGUGGAUUGCACACGACUCGCAAGAUUCUUCUCGAGACACUUCAGUACCCCACUACAUAUGCACCAAUAUUCGCACAGUGCCCUCUUCGUCUACGUUCCGGUCUCCUGCUGUAUGGUUAUCCUGGCUGUGGUAAGACACUACUGGCAUCAGCAGUUGCAGGCGAGUGUGGAUUGAACUUCAUAUCGGUCAAGGGACCCGAAAUUCUCAACAAGUACAUUGGUGCCUCGGAGAAGUCAGUUCGCGAUUUGUUUGACCGCGCUGAAGCUGCUCGGCCAUGUGUCCUGUUCUUUGAUGAAUUCGACUCCAUUGCUCCUAAGCGAGGGCACGAUUCCACUGGUGUCACAGAUCGUGUAGUCAAUCAACUUCUCACUCAAAUGGACGGUGCAGAAGGGCUAUCCGGUGUGUACGUUCUCGCCGCUACCUCUCGACCAGAUCUCAUUGACCCUGCACUCCUCCGUCCCGGUCGCCUCGACAAAUCUCUUAUCUGCGACCUCCCUGACCGCGAAGACCGCAUUGACAUCCUUCGCGCUCUCGGUACAAAACUGAAGCUCAGCUCCGAAGUCCUCGACAACCUCCCUUCAAUCGCCAGUCACACAGAUGGCUAUUCCGGCGCUGAUCUCCAAGCUCUAGUCUACAACGCGCAUCUCGAAGCCAUCCACGACGUUCUGGGCGAUCAAGACCAUGCUGAGAUUUCGGGUAACAAGCGCACAAAUGGCACUACUUCAUCUGGGCCAAGGAACUUCAUUCAGUUCCGCUAUGGCGAGGAAGAAGACCGUCUCGAGGCCGAGGCACGUUCCAAAGCCGGAAACAAUAAAUCCAAACUCCUGGCCGAGCGUGCGGCCAUCUCUCUCAAGCUUGCAGAGAUCAAGAACGCGAAGAAGCAUGCGAAGAUGGUCAGGAGGGGCGAUGGAGGAGAAGCAGAUGGUGGGGGGACGAAGGAGGAGAAGGAACAGCAGGAAGUGGUUAUAGGGUGGAAGCAUGUGGAAGCCAGUUUGAAGAGCACGAGGGCUAGUAUCAGUGCGCAGGAGAGGGGACGCUUGGAAACUAUUUACAGGGAGUUUGUGGUGGGUAGGAAUGGGGAGAUGAAAAGCGGUGAGGGCAAUAGAGAAGUGGGUGGGAGGACGAGCUUGAUGUGAUUAAUACCCUUUAUCAGACCAAUGAUUAAAAGCUAUCUCCGUGGAUUUUGCCGCUUAUCAUGCAUCACUGUCUACUACUAUAUCCUGACAUGCUUGUGAAUGUGUGUUCCACGGAUAAAGCAGUUCGCCUAUGCUUCAUAUGUACUGUACACGGAUCUACAGCG